GCAGCCAUUGUAGAUGGGCCUUUAGACCAAGCGCUUGAUAAAUGACAGAAUUUGAGAUCUGGGAUUCCUCACUUAGUCGAUGAAGGCGCGGCGCGACACAUCUUGGCUAUCAGUCUGAAGUUAGCUACUGGCGUUCCAUAUUUCCAUAGUCAAAGACUGAUAAAUAUGUCUGCAUUGGAAGAAAAAUAUAAUUUAGAUACCACAGAAACACAUGCUAUGGCUGAUAUUAAAUCUACAGUAGAAAAUCAACAUACAACAGAAAAAAAGAUACCAUGUAUAAUUGUACUUGGGAUGGCUGGUUCUGGGAAAACAACAUUUGUGCAGAGGCUAGUAUCUAAAUUGUAUAAUGAUACAAAGCCAUAUGUCAUUAAUCUAGAUCCUGCCUGUAAAGAGGUUCCAUAUCCUGCUAACAUAGACAUAAGGGAUACUGUAAAUUACAAAGAAGUGAUGAAACAAUAUAAGCUUGGCCCAAAUGGUGGCAUAGUUACAACAUUAAAUCUGUUUUCUACAAAGUUUGAUCAAGUAAUUGAGCUUAUUGAAAAAGCUAGUGAGGAGCAUAGUUAUGUGAUUUUAGACACACCUGGACAGAUUGAAGUAUUCACAUGGUCAGCCAGUGGGACAAUUAUAACAGAAGGAUUAGCUUCUCAAUUUCCAACUAUAAUUGUAUAUGUAGUGGACAGUGUAAGAAGCGUUAAUCCAGUUACAUUCAUGUCCAAUAUGUUGUAUGCUUGUUCUAUACUUUAUAAAACCAGAUUGCCUUUUAUUGUAGUUAUGAACAAGACUGAUAUUGUUGACCAUCAUUAUGCAGUUAAUUGGAUGCGUGAUUUUGAAGCUUUUGAAGAAGCAGUUGACAUGGAAACCUCUUAUGUCAGUAAUUUGACACGUAGUAUGUCACUUACACUUGAUGAGUUUUAUAAAAAUUUGCAAUGCUGUGGUGUUUCUUCAGUAACAGGAGCUGGAUUUAAUGAUUUUCUUGAGUUGGUUAAAGAUGCUGUAGAAAAGUAUGAAACUGAUUACAGAAAAGAUUUUGAAAAAAUGAAGAAGAUAAGACAGGCUCAACGAAAAAAGACAAAAGAUGAACAAUUAGAGAAUGCUAGUAAAGAUGUAGCAGGUGAAAAUGUACCUCUUGUGACAACUGUCAACACUGGUUGUGAAAUCUCAGACGUCUACUUAAAGCAUCCAGGUAAUGAAUCAAGUGAAGAUGAAGAUGGAACAGAAGAAAUAAACAGGCGAAAGGAAGAGGAUGAAGAAAAAGAAGAAGAAUCUUUUACAGAUUUCCUCAAAAGACGUAAUAUUCAACAGAAUGCACGAGAAAACAAGCAUCAAUCUGAUCCUAGUACAAGUAAAACUUAAUAACCAUGUAACUUGCAUAAUAACUAACUUCAUGUAUAUAAUUUUUCAUAUAAAUAAAUUUAUACGAAAAGAUACAAUCUUCA